AAUAAAUAGUCAAAGAAGCAGGAGAAUCUAAAGUGAAGCAAUGUCGUCUAUGUCUGGAAGUGGAGGAUCGCCAGUCCAAAGCCAAUCCAUUGGAGCUGACUCGAUCAUUUUGUGUCGACAUGGGACAAGAGCAGCACUUUAUACAUCAUGGACAAUCGGGAAUCGAGGAUGCAGGUUUUUCAGAUGUGGAGUUUGGGAGGCUAAUGACUGUUCUUUCUUCCAAUGGUAUGAUCCACCAUUUACCGGACAUGAGAAAGAGGUGAUGACAUACUUGGUUCAACAGAAAAAUAAUAUGAAGUAUAAAAUUAAAGGGUUGGAAGAGAAUGCAAUGUCAUUAAAUGAAGAUUUCAAGAUUCUUAAGGAAAAGUGUGAAGAAUAUGAAUCUGUGAUAAAGGAUUUACAAAGGAUACUUGAAGUUAUAAGCAAAACUAAUCAAAAUAUGUGAAAAGAGUUAUGUCAGUUAAAGAAUAAGUUGUUGAUGCUAAAGAAGAAUAUAUGUUUACUUAUUAUAAUUACUAUGUUCUUUUGUGUAUUUUGAGUUGUUAUAA